AGAAGGAGUUCUAUAAUCCGCAUUCUUUACCAAGUAUUAUUUGGAACAUGAAAUCAAGAACAUCAAGAUGAAAAGGCUUGCUGCAUGUUUGGCAAGUGAGAAACACAUACAGAAUUAACAUCUUUGGAGUUUAUAAGAAUUAAAAAAUCAUAGUGAUUGCUACACACACGUUUAAUCAGACUACAACCAGACCGAGGUUUUCACCACUGGAGACCGAUUUAUCCACUUAUGUUCAGAUUUGUUUGAAAACUAUUUGCGGACACUAAAUAACCGUGAAUGUCCUACGCACUCUGUCUACCAAAGAUAACUCCUCUCUGUUGACACUCUUACUAUUGAAUAUCGUCUCUGGUCAUCACGGAUUUUAAGUCACCAAUCAUAACCACACAUUACUUGCGUUUAUGUUGUAUAUGUAUGGAAGUCAAUAACGAAAUUUGAUAAUGACGAUGUUUGGAAUUGUAACAGCUAUAUCAAAAUUUAUAAUUAAAUGUCCCAAAAUGACUGGCAACCAGGGUCAGCAAAUUCGAAACAAAUACGCAGAUUGGCAAAUGAUAAGAGAUGUUAAAAGAAGAAAAACACUGAAGGAAUUUGGAGCAGAAAGAAUGAGAAUAAACUCCUUGCGGAAGAAUGACAUACUGCCUGUGGAACUACGGGAGAUAGCAGAUCAGGAAGUUGCAGCUUUGCCACGUGAUUCUAACUAUAUUCGUGUGAGACAUCGUUGUGCUAUAACUUCAAGACCAAGAGGUGUUGUUUUCAAGUGGAGACUUAGUAGAAUUGUGUGGCGACAUCUUGCAGAUUAUAAUAAGUUAGCAGGUGUGCAAAGAGCUAUGUGGUAAUUUAUGCUAAAGUUAAACAUUUCCUGUUUAAAUACUUGUUUGUAAUGAACAUACAGUGCUUGCAAUAAAGUCAAGUUGUGCAAGUUAUAUUAUCCUUGCUCUGUAUAAGAGAA